CCAUCUCUUUUCCCCCAUCCCCAUCCCCAUCCCCAUCCCCAAUAUCCCCCUCGAUCGAUCUGCUUAAAUUUCAGAAAGAUGGAAAAUCCGUUUAUUGUUAUCUUAUGCAUAUUGGCUUUGAUAACUUCUCUCACAGGGAGUUUUGCCGUGGUGAUUGGUCUUGUGCGUCAAAUCACGGAAACAACAAAUUUGUAUAUGGAAUUACUUAAUCUGCUUACCCAACUCAUACCUCGCAAUCGCAUAACAACACCCGCCAGUAAUUCCCAAGCCCAAAGUAGCACCGGAAUUUCUGUUCCUCUAGCCUUCCUCAUUAUUUCCCUCAUCAUAAUUUGGCUUCUCUCCUCCUCUUCUCCAUCUCACUUGGGAGAUCCGCCUCCCCCAAUAGUUUCCACCCCGUACCAGAGUUCCGCCACUCGUGAGAGUUUCACCUCCCGCCAGAGUUUCGCCACCCAUGGAAGUUUCCCCUCUCGCCAAAGUUCUGUCUCCCUUGGGAGCUCUACCUCCCCCCAGAGUUCUACCUCCCGUGGAAGUUUCACCUCCUACCAGAGUUCUCCCUCGAAUUGGAGUGUUAUUGGUCACGCAGGCUCCCGUGGAAGUUUCACCUCCUUCCAGAGUUCUCCCUCGAAUUGGAGUGUUAUUGGUCACGCAGGCUCCCGUGGAAGUUUCACCUCCUUCCAGAGUUCUCCCUCGAAUUGGAGUGUUAUUGGUCACGCAGGCUCUAACAAGCAUAAUUAUCAGAGUAGAGAGCUAGCUCUAGCGUCCCAAAAUUGGCGGACUAUGGCAAUGCAAUCUCUCUCGCCUAGGGCCAAGACCUAUCCCGCACCUCCCCAGAUAGUUUCCACCCCGCACCAGAGUUUCACCUCCCACCAGAGUUCUCCCUCGAACUGGAGUAUUAUUAAUAACGCGGGCUCUAACGAACAGUAUUAUCGAAGGAGAAAACUAGCUGUAGCAUCCCAAAAAUGGCGGACUAUGGUAGUGCAAUCUCUCUCUCCUAGGGCCAAGACCUAUCCCGCACCUCCCCAGAUAGUUUCCACCCCGCACAAGAGUUUCACCUCCCACCAGAGUUCUCCCUCGAACUGGAGUAUUAUUAAUAACGUAGGCUCUAACGAGCAGUAUUAUCGAAGGAGAGAACUAGCUGUAGCAUCCCAAAAAUGGCGGACUAUGGCAGUGCAAUCUCUCUCUCCCAGGGUCGAGACCUAUCCCGCACCUCCCCAGAUAGCUUCCACCCCGCACCAGAGUUUCACCUCCCACCAGAGUUCUCCCUCGAACUGGAGUAUUAUUAAUAACGCAGGCUCUAACGAGCAGUAUUAUCGAAGGAGAGUAAACCUGUUCCUCUUCUGCACAGUAAGUUUCCUGCACGAGAGGGAGAAUUGGUUGCUAUAAAAUUGGUUUCAAAGAAUUGAGGCUACGAAGUUUCAUGGAAACUUGCAGGUCAUAGAGGCGGAGGCUGAAAAUGGGUUUAAAACCCAGAAAUUCUAAAAGCAAUACACAAAAUUUGCUCUACCAAAUGAGUCGUAGAGGGAGAUAUUGAAAAUGAGUUUACUUGUAGAAAUCCCAAGUAAAUCACGCUUAGACCGGCACAAAAACAUUCGGUAGAGGUGGAGGCAGGCCACAAGUAUAGGUGGCUCCUUGGUUUCCAUUGAGUGGGUUAGGGUGUUGAAUAGGCAAAACAAACCAAGUGAGUUUAAUUUGUUUCAAAAGAUUGGGUGUUUUCAUGUCUAUUGUAUUUUGUGGUUUUUUAUGACUUGUCUACUUACAAUUGGUUGUUGUAAAUUGAGGGGUUUAUAGCCCCUCCAGAUAGAAGGUAUUCCUUUUUGUUUUUUCUUGUGAACAAACUAUCCU